CGGAAUAAAAUUUUGGAGGAAGUAUGUCAAACCGACCACCAAAUGAAAGAGCCCCCACCAGCACCCCUGGAGAUGUGAGUUCCCCCUACAAGCGGCCUCACUCCUCCACCAGCCCCUCCAAUGCGGGGCUGGCAAGGGCAGGGGUGUACUCCUACCCUCACGACCCCUCGAGCAGGUAUGGGAUGAGCCACCCCCAGACAGCUGCCUAUGGAGUCUACAGGGAGCAGUACCAGGCUGAACAGAGGCGGGACUAUCGUGACCAUUAUCGUGAUGGGGAUUAUGGUCAGAUCCGGCGACGUCCCACACUGCUGCAGCCCUCACAUAUGGAGCAUGACAGGGGAGGCGACCAGUAUGGCUACCACGACAUGGGCUCGGCCCAUGGUCACCUGGACUCCGCCCCUCACUUGCCCAAACGAGCGCGUGUGGACAGGCCUGACCUGUCACAGCCGCUAAGGAUUGACAUCAGAGAACCGGAGAUAAAAAGGGAGCCAGCAUACAACCCCCAGGUAGAAGCAAUAUCUCCAACACUCCCUUCAGAGGAGACAAGCUCGAGUCGAGAAAACAUACUCCAGUCUAUCUCCAAGGUGGACAGGGAAAUUGCCAAAGUUGACGAUAAAAUCCGAAAGCUCAGGACAAAGCAGCGCGAGUUGGAAGAAGCUGCGGUUAAGCCCCCAGAAGAGAAACCAGCCAGUCCCAAGCCACCUGUGCCAGACUCCAAACUCCAGAGCAUACCACAGAUUAUAUAUGCUGAGAAUAGGAAAAAAGCUGAUGAUGCUCACAACUUGCUCUCCAAGCUGGGCCAAAGUAUAGAACUGCCACUGUAUAACCAGCCUUCAGACACUAUAGUGUACCAUGAAAACAAGAGGAAGUACCUUUUAUUUAAGCGGAGAUUGGUUCUACAUUUUAAGAGAAAACACCAUGCCAGAAAAAUCAGAGAUCGCUAUCUCACCCAGCGCUAUGACCAGCUCAUGCAAGUCUGGAUCAAGAAAACAGAGAAGAUUGAAAAUGGGGCAAAGAGGAAAGCCAAAGACACCAGAAUGCGUGAAUUUUAUGAGAAAAUUUUCCCAGAGAUUAAGAAGAAUCGCGAAGAUAAGGAAAGAUAUCCGAGGUUCAAUGUGCCCAAUCGGAUUGGCUCUCGCAGCAGCAUUGCUGGUUACGCUCGCAGUGAGGCCGAGGUAGAGCAGAUUAUGGACGGAUUACAUGAACAGGAGGAGGAGGACAAGAAAAUGCGGAGCUACGCGGUUAUCCCACCAAUGAUGAUGGAUGCUCGGCAACGAGCUUUGCGCUUCAUCAACUACAACGGACUAAUCGAAGAUCCCAUGCAGGACUUUGAAGAAGCCAAACAUUAUAAUAUAUGGACAGUGUCCGAAAAGCAGAUUUUCAGGGAAAAGUAUCUCCAGCAGCCUAAAAACUUUGCAUUGAUAGCGUCAUGUUUAGAAAGAAAGAGUGUGGCUGACUGUGUCCAGUUUUACUACCUGACCAAGAAAAAGGAGAAUUACAUGUACAAACAGAUGUUGCGCAAGCAAAGCGUGAAGAAAAGACGACAGCUUCAGAAACAGAUGAGAGCUCAGGAAGAACAUAAAGAGAAUGUCUCCUCUCAGAUGGAGGACUCCAGUACACAUAUCCGGGUAAAAGAAGAGGAGGUGUCAUCGGAUGAAAAUGAAUUAUCUAUAGCUACAGGUAAUGACGGAGAAGGAGGGGUUCACCAUUGUGCUGUGUGUAAGGUUCAGUUAGAGCAUUAUGGGAUGAGUCGACCUCUGACCCGCAGCAACUGCGAGCUGUAUGGACUCAACGAGGCAGACCUUAAGCCAGAGAUGCGGGUGUGCAGCAGCUGUCGGUGUCGAUCAGUCAGGCGUAGAUAUACACACUGUCCAAUCGUCACUUGUAAAACUCCUAAGAGAAAGGUGAAGAGGUUACGACCUUUACCAGCGAAAUGGGCGGAGCUUCCAAAGGAACUGAAGGAUUCCAUUGUCAAGGAGAUGCAGAUCACAGAUGACAUCACCAAGUGUUGUUCAGCCUGUUUUAAUCGGAUUGCACGUCGUCUAGGCACCAAUCCCCAGACCAAUGAGCCCCUCGUCCCUCUGGUGCCAGAAAACAAUGAAGAAGUUGUAGAGACCUCCCGCUGGACUGAAGAUGAGAUGGACAUAGCUAAACAGGGUUUACGUGACUACGGUCGAGAUUGGGCAGCCAUCUCUAACAUGGUCGGAACUAAAACUGAGGCACAGUGUAAAAACUUUUAUUUUAAUUACAAACGAAAAUUUAACUUGGAAGCCAUUGUGCAGGAAUACAAGAAAAACAAGCAAAGUGAAGAAAGUUCACGUACAGUAUCAAUAUCGGAGAGCAUCGCAUCUACGGUCACUGCUCCCUCAGAAGAAGAUGUCUCCUCCAGCGAUGAAGACAAUGGAGACGAUGACUCCGAUACGGCCAGUGCACCCUCUCCAGCCAACCAGGAGCCACCAUCUGAUGUAGCUGAUGAGAAGAUCGCUGUGAAGGUGGAGUUACCAGGUCAGAGUUCAGAACAAGGGGAGGGCAAUCUGUCUGCAUCAGGUGGCCCACAGCUCAACCUGGCGUCCAACAAACCUCUGAGCGCAUCACAGGGGAGCCUGCGCAGCAUCCCGGACAACGACAGCAGUGCGACAAUGAGUGCUGAUGAGGGUCCACAUUCUCAUGGGGACGGCAUCCCACAGCCCCCUUCCUCUGUACCCACUUCCCAUACCUCCUCAGCUCCUGGCCACCUCGAUGUUAAGGUCUCCCAAGCGUCAUACUACAACGGCUCUCGUCCCUUGAGCAGGGACCAGAUUAUGCCACGCCCCUCUAGCGUGGACCACGGAAGCUCUAGCACUCCUCACCCUCUGCCAUCCCGACCCCCCUCCCAGCCCCCACCCCAUGCUGUUCAUCACCCCAAUACCUCCCAACCUGGGCCAGGGGAAGUAGGGCUGACAGGCAGUGGUAUGCCUUACCCCGCAGAUUACGGACAAAUCAAGGGAGGUCACCCACCUUACCUGUUCAUGCAGACAACACGACCUCGGAGCCCAUACCCGGACAACUCUGGCAGCGAGCAGAAGAGAGGCUCUGCCUGUGUGAGAGACUUAAUUCACAAGGCGAUUGAAACCAACUUGAGGAGUGAUGUGACUGAGAAUAAGAAUAGCAGAUCAUCGGGCAUGGAGUCUGGUUACCCACCCCAUCAGCCAGGCCUCGCAACCACCACCCAUGCUCCUCAAGACCUUCGCCUGGACAAACGAGAGCAAGGGCAUCACUCUGGAGCACCCCAAUACAUGGGUGCACGACCCCCGGAGCGAGAGAUGCCCAUGGGCAGGGACUAUAAAGUCCAGGACCUGUCACAGCGGGGGCUUGACCGCUCCAUACAUGGUUACAAGGGUGAUCCCAGGGACUUUGAGAGCCCCGGCCAGCAAAAGGUGUACCAUCACGCAGAGGACCCACGCAAAACCAUGGGUUUACCUCCCCCUGCCCACUCCCACCAUCCUCACCCAGGUCAGAUGCAUGAUGCCCAUCAGGGGUCAUCAGGGUCAGCCAUGAAGAUGGGCCGUGUGGGUCAAGGUGGUUCUGACUCGCGCGUGAAAUCCCCGGUAGUGCCCCCUCCGCACCCGGACUUUCGGGGACGCCCGGGGCCUCCGCCACCGCUCAUCAACUCCCGGCUACCUCACAAGCUCGCCAAAUCUCCACCGGUCAGCGGCCCCCACCCACAGGCCGGCUCAAUCACCCAGGGCACACCAGUUAGUCUGCCAUCCUCCAACAGUUCGCAGGGUCCACCAGUACCCAGUCAUAGGCAGCCCACCCCGCCCCAGAACCGCAUGGAGGGAUCCAUCACUCGUGGCACACCUGUCCCCCGAGAGGGUGUCCAGCCUGGAGCAGGGCGUGGUGUUCCGCAUGGACAGGACCCCCGCAUGUAUGAACCCCAGGGGGUUGCCCGCGGCAACAUAAUUUACGAGAGUGCGGCUAUACGGCCAGGCAUGCCAACACAGGUUGUGUAUGAGCAGGUGUACAAGCCCCCUGGGGCAACAGGGCACUACUACCCUCAGAUGCCCUACCCGUACGCUGAGCAGAGUGGGUACAGCACUCGUGCCACCAUCAUUAAUGACUUCCUCACUGCCCAGCAGAUGCACCAAGCUGAUCGUCAACGUAGUCGCCAGACCGCACCUGAAAAGGAAGGGCGAUCCUCCCCCAGAGGGCGAGAGAUGUCACCCCGCUAUCAGGCCAUGAUUGACCCUCGAAUGCCUCAUGCUGGAAUGGUCCACUAUGGAGUACAAGCGCCCCAAGGUGGCAUUAUGUACCUUCAGCACCCGGCUCAAGUAGGGGGGCCGGGAUCAGAGCGAGGGGCGCAAAGAUCUUCUCCUAUGCCUCCAGGAGGCGCCCCAUCCCCUCGAGAGGACAAAGGUAACUUGCAGCCCUUAGCCGCUCCAUGGCCAACAGGGAAUCCAUCCCAUUCUCAAAUCAGUCCCCAUCACAGCCCAGCCAUGCCCAUGGACCAGGGCCACCCCCACUACAGCACGCAGCAGGGCAGGCCCAGCAUUACCCUGGGGACAGGCCGACCCAGCCCUAAGGGCGACCCCCAAGGCCAUCCUAAGCCAGACCACCACCUGUCCCCUGUCCCAGAUAGUACCACCAUGCAGACCAAGAUGGUGAAUCAAGGGGGAAAAGAGGGCCUGGAGGCUUUGGUCAACGCAGCUGCAAACGCCAACUCGCUGGCUGUCCCCGGAGACAUGGGUCAUGGGGCACGAAUAUCCCCAGGGCCUCGUAUAAGCCAAGCAGAGGCUGAGCGUCGCCACCACCAUUGGCACCAGGAGCGUGUUAAGUAUGAGCAGCGAGACCAGGAACGCUCACGCAUAGAGAUGGAACGGCGCAUGGCUGACCAGUAUGCCAACAGGCAAGGAGAGUACCGACAGAGGAUGUAUGAAGGGAAGCAUCCAAACCACGGUGAGUCACAGUACCAGGACCGACCCAGGCCCAGCCAGGGGUUUGAUCCCAGGAUGCAGAUGUCUACAGCAGAGAGUCGCGCCCACGGCACCAGCAACUGGGUGAUGGACCAAGAGAGACUGCGUGUCAUGCCCAAUUCUCCCAGGACAAACGAAGGACAGUACGGGGAGCGCCCCAAGGCUAAGACCCCAGAGAAUAAUUUUCGCACAGAUCGGGAGUAUGUGAAACAGUUCACUCCAUCCUCAACAGAGCAGACCAGUGACAGGCACAGCCAAGGUGCUGCUGCCAUUUUGUCAUCGGCCUUUGAGAAGGAUCCACCGCCAGGCACGCAGAUGCUGUCUUAUGACCCCAAGCAGAAGGCAGUGACUGCAGCAACACUCAUCGACGUCAUCAUACAGAAUCAGAUCAACAAGUCCAUGGAGAAAGAAUCGGAGCCAUCGGAUCACUGCAACAGUCGUGUGGCCACAGUGAGUUCCUCUGCCGAUCACAGGAUAGCCAGCCCUAACCCCGUUGUCAGCACCAGCAUGAGCAGCGGAUCAGGAGAGGCACACGCAAGCCAAACCCAACCACACCGUGGUCGCAAGGUCAUCUGCUCCAAGUACACAGAGGAAACAGCUUCUAAGGGCAGCAUUAAUAUCAGCGGUGGUGGCAGCAGCGGAAUGCACAAGAUGGAGUCGGAUUCCACAGCAGCUGUGGUCCCUCUUGGAUCCGUAGGUCAAUCUCCAGGCCCCCAAGGUCAUCCUGGGCCUCCACCACCCACCAUCAUUAAGGAGCACCUCAAAGACACAGGCAGCCCGGAGUCUGACAACAGCAACAUCUCUGUGUCGUCUCAGGCAAGCAUCAACGCGCGCACCAUUACCUUGGGGGAACACAUUGAUGCCAUUAUUACUGAGGACUACAGCAAAAAGCGCCUGGGACUUAAUUGCUCUCUUCUCAGUCAGCUCAAUGCCACUAAUGGUGCCAAGGCCAGUGCUGCCGCAGCAGCUGCUGCAGCGGCCGCCGCGGCCGCAAUGGCCACCUCAUCAUCAUCUCUGACUGUGCCGGAGACGUCUAGUUUGUGUCACAGCACCUCACCCCCCAUGGGUCAGCCUCAUUCCCAUGAGCAGUUCACUGGGGGUCGUGUCUUGGAUUCCUCGCGUCCCCGCAGCUACUCCACGGGAGCCCAGUCCACCCCCGCUGCUCCCUCAUACAACAACUGGAAGCUGAAGAGAGCCCUUUUACAGGACACAGACAACCAGCUUCCGGUCAUGUCCUCGCUGGUAACAGAAAGUGGACAGAUGCCCUCGGCUACCCAGGACAGCCGGGACGCGCCCAAGUCCUCCACCCACGACAACAGUCUGGAGCCCAGCGAGCGGGCCUGGGCUCCCCCGGACCAGAGCAAGUCCCCUCACGUAGGCACGAUGAAUAUUGAACCGAUAUCGCCUUCAGGGUGCAGCACUAACAGCGAGGCCCAGGCUGCUAAGAUCUCUCCACCACGAUCCCCUAGGACACGCCUAUCCCAGCACUCCAGCCUGGCCGCGUCACACCAGCAAAUCUCCUCUCUUCUGUCAACCCGCUCUCGACCAGGAUUCCAGGCAGACAGCAGCGGAGGUCACGCCCCCUCCUCCCCAGCUGAUGUCAGCUCGGCCAAUGAGGCCUCAGCCCAGGUGAAGCCUAUGACACCACUUGACCUCAUCCAUAGUAAGAUCGCAGAGGGACUUCGGGACACACCCAGUGGGGAGUGGGAUGUGGGCAGAGGGCACGGCGCGAAUCGUGCACAAGGGGAGCACGACCAGACCAAAGGGAUAGGGGAGCAGGAUGGGGGACGUGUGCCAGGUGAGCGUGAUGUUGUGAGUUCACAUGGGGACAGGGAGCUGGCCAGGGUACACACAACUGGCAGGGAUUCUCCUAGAGUGGCACACAGCGGGAGAGACUCGCCUCGGGUAAUCACUGGUCGAGAUUCACCCCGGGUACACGGUGAGCGGGAGAGGGAAUCGAGAAUGCAUAGCGGUGGACGGGACUCGCCCAGAAUGCUCACCGGCAGGGACUCUCCAAGGGUGCAUGGUGUUCAGGAAGCAGGAAGAGGGCAUGGGGAGUUAGAGGCCAGGGGACAUCACCCAGGGAGAGACUCGCCUCGUCCACCCACAGACAAGGUUCUGAUUUCUGGUCACAGCGAGAAAGAUCCAGCAAGACUCCACAGUCUGAUUAAGUCCCACAACGAGAGGGACGUUGCAGGGACAGAUGUUACAGAAAGAGACACACCGAAAGUUAGUGUUAGCAGUGGUGAGCAAGUCCAUAAUCCCUCAUCUCACGGGACUGCUGACGGCAAACUUCCUGGCAAGGGAGGAAUGACUGAUGCCUCCAGGUCUCAGUUUGAGCCAGGUUUGAGUGGAGCCUUGCCAACUCAAAGUUCUUCGUCUCCUAAGCCAGCUGGAGGCAGCGAGGUGCUCCCAGCAUCUUCUAGUUCCACGCAACCUGUGACGGAACCAGAUCAGGAUGAGGCUGGUAGUUGGAAGACAAGCCCCUCUACCAUGAGACGCAUGUCCCCUGCCUCCACAAUGCCCAUGGGGGAUCAGCCAGAAUCCAGCACGGGAGGGGUGGCAUCUGCCCAGUCCUCCACCCACAGCCUGUCAGCUGCCCAGCCCAGCACCACCAUGGGAGGGGGCCCAAUGAAGAAGCGCCUCAUCUCCCAGAAGAAAACAUCUGUGGUCUCGUCCAACAUCCGUCCUCCCGUCUCAGGCGGAUUGGAAGUACGCAAAGCGUCCCCGACAAGCUCAACCAAGAAAGGUCCUCGUUCAGAGUAUGACUUCCCCGACAGUCCCGAGGAUGAGCCUGUGAAGAAACCACCAAGCAGCUACAUGGCGCUGUCUAGCACCACACGCAGCCCGCGCAGAAAUGUUGUGGACAGCUCAGACAGUCGAGGAGCGGUGCAGAAAGCUCCGACAUCGCUCAAUAUGGUGGAGAGUUCUGAUGACUCUCAGCCACAGGGGUCUGGGGACGGCGAUAAUCGUGUGACCUCGCUGAGCAAGGAUGACAUGCAGGGAAGCGAGUAUGGGGAGACAAGUCGUGGAGCACAUCUAGUGCACAAAGUGGUGAACGUGGCCGAGAGUUCGUCUGGUGAUGCUGCACCUCCAGGUGACGCCAGUGGCAGGCCCAGCUCUUCUGUCCAAGCCGCUAAGGAGCGAGACCUGGAUGACAGUUCAAACAUGUCCAUCGAUUCUACCCACUCAGACAGAAUGGUCAUCGAUGAGUCAGACAAGAUCGACAGCUCUACAAGCUCCACAGUUACUUCCCCUGUGACCAGCCGAUCAUCCAGAGCCAGAACAGCUGACCAGGAUUCAGUGUCACCUGAUAGUGCAGAAACUGUGUCGCAGAGCAAGAGCUCUGACGCCGGCUUGGUCUCUACAUCUCAACGUCCCCGCACCUCACGAACACUUGACCCUUCUUUUGGAGUGUCAGAGAUCAGCACCAGUAGCCACGCCCAGUCGAGCUCGGACAUCCAGCGGUCGCCUUUCUCCUCCCGCCCCUCCUCACACCCGUCGAGCAGUGCGGGGUUUGGCCCUGGACAACCAGCUGUAUCCAGUCACACCUUCACAUCCCGUGACCCAGAACCUGCCCCACUGCUCUCCUCACAGUAUGAAACACUCUCAGAUGAUGACGAUUGAGUUCCUGGGUCACAAGGGGAGACAACUCACAGGGUUGACCAAGGUAACAGUAGAGUGGAGAAUUGGAGAAUGGAGACAUUUAAGAACAAACAUUUUCUUAAAAGAAGUGGUCAUUUUUUUGAACCCUCUACAAUGGUGGUGACUUUUUAGAACCAGUUGCCCAUGUUACGAAUGGAAAGAAUAAUCAAGUUAAUUUAUUUGGGUCACUAAGGCAUGUGAGAAAAUGCCAUACAACCUGUGCCAUGCCACUGGCAUGGAUCAGACUUCAAAGCCACAAACAUCCAUACAACCCUUUCCGUGCCACUGCCCUGGAUCAGAUUUUCAAACCUGAAACAGUAAGUUUUCUCGAGGCGGGAGUGUAUGUCCAAUGUGUGGCUGGAUAGAAAAUGCCAGCAUCAAGAAAAUUCUUCAAAAUAAAAAUAAAAUAUUAAAAAAAAAUCACCACCAAAGCUCGAACCAUUUGUGGCAAUGUAUCAGUCUACAACAACUAGAACAGUCUCUUGUCAGGUGGCAGGUUUGAACUCUCUCCAUUGAAAUAACGUCGGCUAAUUAUGUACCAAUUUUGUGUCGAUCCAGAACAUGACUGCCUUGCCAUGUGACAUUGCUUUUGUUGUACCGCUCUGUAGAUUGCAUCGCUAACAACCUUGAUGUGCGUGCAUAUGUGUAUGGAACAUCAGACAAACCAACCGUCUUUCCACAGUAAAGGUUUAUUCUGCUGUUCUUCAUGGAACACGUUUCAUUUGGUCGACUCGGCAUUAGUGAUGCUUCGUUAUGUCUUAUUAUAUUUAUGUCUGGGGACUGUACAUGUAAUAUG